AUGAAUGGUUUGAAACUAUCAGCAGAACCGUACAAAGUAACUAAAGUCUCGGCCAAAGACGGUAAAACUGGACAAGAUAUUCAACUGCAUUAUACAAAGUACAAGGUGGCUGGCAACGGCUCCUUUGGUGUUGUCUAUCAGGCCAAGCUACUUCAAACGGGCGAAGAUGUUGCUAUUAAGAAGGUGUUGCAAGAUAAAAGAUUCAAGAAUCGUGAAUUGCAAAUAAUGAAAACAAUCUCUCAUCAAAAUGUGGUAUCCUUGAAAGCGUUUUUCUACUCUCAAGGUGAUUCCAAGAAGGACGAGGUAUAUCUUAAUCUAGUAUUGGAGUAUAUACCAGAAACCUUAUAUCGUGCAACCAGACAUUAUGCUAAAUCAAAGCAACUGAUGCCACCUCUCUAUAUUAAACUCUACACCUAUCAAAUCCUGCGUUCGCUUGCUUACAUCCACUCGGUUGGUAUUUGUCAUCGUGAUAUCAAACCACAAAAUUUACUCUUGGAUCCAUCUACUGGUGUAGUCAAAUUAUGUGAUUUCGGAAGUGCUAAAAUGCUUUUACCUGAUGAACCCAACGUAUCUUAUAUUUGCUCACGUUAUUAUCGCGCUCCCGAGCUUAUAUUUGGUGCUCAGAAUUACACCGUAACUAUCGACAUUUGGUCGACAGGAUGUGUUAUGGCUGAACUCAUGUUAUGUCAACCUUUAUUCCCAGGCGAAAGCGGUAUUGAUCAAUUGGUAGAGAUUAUCAAAGUCUUGGGUACACCCACCAAAGAUCAGCUAUUAUCCAUGAAUCCAAAUUACACCGAGCAUCGAUUCCCACAAAUUAAAGCUCAUCCGUUCGCCAAGGUAUUCAAAUCGAAAACACCUCAAGACGCUAUUGACUUUGUUGGGCUAUUGCUCAAGUAUUCACCCAAUGAACGAUUAACUGCAUUUGAGGCGAUGGCACAUCCUUAUUUCGAUGAGUUGCGUGACCCAAAUGUCAAAAUGUUGAGUGGAUUAGCGUUGCCAAAGUUGUUUGAUUUUACAAAGCAAGAACUUGCAUCAAUAAGGCCAGAGCUCUUAUCCAAAUUAGUACCAUCUCAUCAUUCACAAAAGGCAGUUUAA